UUUUUUGAUUUUUGUCUUGCCUUUGUUUCUUGCGAGUCGAGUCAAGUCCAACCAUGAGCACUAUUAAUACUAGCUUGUCUGUUGCCGGUCCCAAUGCCGGUCGUCAAAUCCUGUCAGUGUUUUGGGAAGGAACAGCCAAUACGCUGAACCCCAUUACAACGCAGAUUGGUGUCUUUUCGCAAGCGUGUUGCGCGGUUCCCGUGGCGGCACCCAAUCAAGUACCCCAAGAUCGUCGCUGUCCAUUAAAAGUGUCGUUUGAUGGAUGCGGUGUUACCAAUGGAAGUUUUUGGGGUGGCUUAUUUGCUCGUGGCUUGGAGGAACAAUGCGAUUUGGUAGUGGCGAUUGUUCGGAAAAUGCUGCAAAAUCACAAGAGUCAGUCUAGUAGUACGAAUACUACUACUAAUAAUAAUCAGCCAGAAUUCGUCCAUGUCGUGGGCGUGGGUCUCUCGCGAGGAGGUGUUGCCUGCAUGAAAUUGGCCCAAAAAUUGGCCAAGGCAUUUCCUGCCAAUAAUACCAAUACUGGUUUUCAAGAAGUGACGGCGAGUAUGCUCUUAUUCGACCCCGUCCCUGGCAAUGCUCUAUCGACUGGAUUCCCCUACACGGCGUGUUGGUCGGGAGAUUUGUCCGGAUGCCACAAUUUACGACGCGUUUUGGCGCUUUAUCCCUACGAAGCACUUCCCGAUAUUGCCAUGCAUGCACCCUCUCUGUGCUACUACAAUCGUCGUACCACUCUCGUCCAAGAAGACGUGACGCUGGGAUGCCAUCAAGGAGCAUUGUUUCCCGCCACGCCAAGACCGCAAAAUCCAUACCAUGUUGCUUCCAACUUGUCCAUGAGACGAAUACUCGAUUUUUUAACCUACGAAGGAGUCCAAUGCCAGUUUGCACGGGUCUUUUAUGUCCCAUCGCCACAAGAAUGCAUCAAGUACAUGGAAAAGGACAUACAACGCCAUGGUGCCACCGAAACGUUACGACGCAAAGCACAUGAUUUCACGGGACAACAGCGACAAAUACUAAGAAACAAAUGUAUUGCCAAGACUGAUGAUGACGAUUCACAACAACAACAGUACCACCAAUAUCUCAAUUUUCAUCACGAACAAUUGGUCAAAGCCUUGCGAAAAGGAACCAGCACGGCCACUCGUGCCGCUGUCUUUGGUGUUGCCGAUGACGACAAUGAAAACAGCAGCAGUGAGGAUGAUGAUCAUGAGUAUUCACCCUAUCCCAAGUAUCAACUGGAAAUGGAUGAUGGAUACAUCACGUGCACGAUGCAAUUGACAAACUCCUUUCGACAGCAAGCAACCGCCUGCACCGAUACCAGUAAGCGCCGACGACAGCGACAGCAAAAAGAGGAGCAAGGCGAUAAUCCCAAGGCGCGAUUGAUUCGUGUCUAACUCAACUACUUUACUAGAGGCGUGUUCACUCAAAACAUACAGCACGCAAUCCUCCACCAUGCAGUGACGUGCCUCUAGUUGAACUUGAUCUCUGUGGAAUCUGACAACUAUCGGUAGCUAGCUAGACUAGAGCAGAAUUAACCAGAAAAACCUUUUUUUGCCUUG